GGCUCCAGGACGAGCGGGAGGAGUCCAGGGAGCUCCGUGAAAUGGGCCGGCUCCCAAGCCAGAGGGGAGGACACUUACUAAAACUGCUCAGAAGUACCACCAGAAGCUCAGAUGUGGGCACCCCAGCCAGCAGCAGAGAAGGGUGCAGGGAAGCCACAGAGAAGUCCCUUCUGAUGCCCCAAGGAGCAAGCAAACCCCAUCCAGGCUCCAGGAACACCGCAAAGCAAUAUGAAACCUGUUCAUGAAAGGAGUCAGGAAUGCCUUCCACCAAAGAAACAAGACCUCCCUGUGACCAGCGAGGACAUGGGGAGAACUGCCAGCUGCUCCACAAACCACACGCUCUCCAAUGAUGCCUCUGAGGGAGCCAGAGUCAGCCUCGGGGACGAUGGAACUGAGGCCAUCACUGGUCUGACAGUCGAUCAGUAUGGCAUGCUGUAUAAGGUGGCUGUGCCACCUGCCACCUUUUCACCAACUGGCCUCCCAUCUGUUGUGAACAUGAGUCCCUUACCCCCCACGUUUAAUGUAGCGUCUUCACUGAUUCAACAUCCAGGAAUCCACUAUCCCCCAGUCCACUAUGCUCAGCUCCCAUCCACCUCACUGCAGUUUAUUGGGUCUCCUUAUAGCCUUCCUUAUGCUGUGCCACCUAAUUUCCUACCUAGUCCCCUUCUUUCUCCUUCUGCCAACAUUGCCACUACUCACCUUCCACACUUUGUGCCAUAUGCCUCACUCCUAGCUGAAGAAGCUACUCCUCCGCCCCAGGCUGCAUCUCCAGCCCAGACAUUUAACAAGUCCUCCUCUGCCACCUCCCCACCCGGCCAGUUGCCACAUCACUCGAACGCUCAACCACUGGAUCUUGCUCCAGGCCGGAUGCCCAUUUAUUAUCAAAUGUCUAGGCUACCUGCUGGAUAUACCUUGCAUGAAACUCCAACAGCAGGUGCCAGCCCCGUUCUUACCCCUCAGGAGGGCCAGUCUGCUCUCGAAGCAGCUGCUGCCAAUGGACAGAGACAGCGAGAUCGAAAUGUAGUAAGACGAGAAAGUGAAGCCCUUGAUUCCACCAGCAGCAAGGGUGAAGGCCAAGGACUGGUGCCGGUGGUAGAAGGCAUGGUGGACGGACAGUUGUUUUCAGGUUCUCAGACUCCACGAGUGGAGGUGGCGGCGCCAGCACACCGAGGGACCCCGGACACCGACCUUGAGGUCCAGCGGGUAGUUGGCACUUUAGCUUCUCAGGACUAUCGUGUGGUGGCAGCUCAGAGGAAAGAUGAAGCCAGCCCUCUUAACCUAUCCCAUCAUACCCUUGACCAUCAGGGUGAGGGACGAGGGUCAGCCAGGAAUCCUACAGAACUGGUGGAGAAAAAUCAGGCCCGUGUGUUCUACCCUCAGUCCCAUCAAGAACCAGUAAAACACAGACCUUUACCCAAAGCAAUGGUUGUAGCCAAUGGCAACGUGGUGCCCACUGGAACUGACCCUAGCCUGCUGCCUGUAGGCUCGGAGAUCCUGGGGGCACCAAGUCUGGACAUGCAGGCCAGAGCCACCUUCCCAGACAAGGAGCCAACACCACCUCCCGUUACCUCCUCCCACUUGCCCUCCCAUUUCAUGAAAGGCGCCAUCAUUCAGCUGGCUACAGGAGAGCUGAAGCGGGUAGAGGACCUCCAAACCCAGGAUUUUGUGCGCAGUGCCGAAGUGAGUGGGGGGCUGAAGAUUGACUCUAGCACAGUUGUGGACAUUCAGGAGAGCCAGUGGCCUGGAUUUGUUAUGCUGCAUUUUGUGGUUGGUGAACAGCAGAGCAAAGUGAGCAUUGAGGUGCCUCCCGAGCACCCCUUUUUUGUAUAUGGCCAGGGUUGGUCCUCCUGCAGCCCUGGGCGGACUGCACAACUCUUCUCUCUGCCCUGUCAUCGGCUCCAGGUGGGAGAUGUCUGCAUCUCUAUCAGUUUACAGAGCUUGAACAGUAACUCAGUUUCUCAGACCGGCUGUGCUCCCCUAGGCCAGCUGACUAUACCCCGAGAAAGGCCUGAGAGGACAGUCUUGGGGCCCAGAGAACUAUGUGACAGCGAGGGGAAGGUCCAACCUUCAGGAGAGGGUUCCCGGGUGGGAGAGCCCUCUCAGCCUGAGCCUGGUGCUCAGGCCUGCUGGCCAGCCCCAAGCUUCCAAAGAUACAGCGUGCAAGGGGAGGAGGCACGGGCUGCGCUGCUCCGUCCCUCUUUCAUUCCACAGGAGGUAAAGCUGUCCAUCGAAGGGCGUUCCAAUGCAGGAAAAUGAACCUCUUUCCCAGCCCAGGACUGGGGCUUUAUCCCCAGAGGUGAGCCUCACCGUGAGCAGCCAGAGGAUUUGCACAUGCCAAGCAGAGAAUGGUUCUCUUGGUAGUGAGAUUUGAGGGAAAUAGGAGGCAUGAAGACAGCCUCCCAAAGCAGGAUCUGUUGCUCAUUAAUUACCCCAUGGCAUCCUUUCAGGACAGCCCUAGGGAUGCUGAGAUGAGGAAUAGCAGGCUUGGAGCAAGAAAGGGCGGGAGUGCACAUAGGAUAAGAAACAUUCCAAAAUCAGGGCCUCCCUGUUUUUUUCCUACUCGGUCCUGGCUCCUGCAAGGGAAAGUACAGGCUUUGGGAGCAGGUGGCAGAGGGAGCAAAGAAAGAGCCAAAAAUGAUCCACAGCUUAUAGUAGCAGUAAAACUGUUUUCUUUCUUUUUUCCUCCCCCUCCCUUUCUUGUGGUGGGAGGGCAGGAGGCCCAAUGGCUGAAAAUGAGAAGGUUCCCACCCAUAACUCUUCUUGUGAGAGACGU